AUGGACGAUCGGCACAUCAAGGCAGAGCCUGGCUCUCGCGAACGCAGUACCGAUGACGCGCCCAUCGGAGACUCGAGGCCCACCUACAAGUCAUAUAAGAAGAAGUAUAGGAAGUUGCGUCUACAGUUCGACAAGAAUGUGCAGGAGAGCGAGGACCUCCACCGGUUGGAGCAAAAGGCCAUACGCACCAUGAAGCGUCUCGCAGUCGAGAAUGAUCGCUUGAUGGAUGUACUACUAGACAUCAACGAAUCACCUCAAAUCCCACCCGAACGAAAGUUUGACCUGGAGGCCGAUGGCGAAGACACGGAAGACGAACAAGAUGCCUCACAAAGACCUGCCAAGUCUCUGAGACGCCUUGUCGAGGAAGUACCUCAUCAGUCUUUCUCUGAGACCGCAGAUCGCUACCCCGAAGUCCUCGACAUGCUUCAACCCCAAGAACCAUACCUCCAUCCUACUGCCUUCUUGGACGCGAAUGACGUCGACGCUUAUCUUGCUGAUGUCGAUGCGCGACUGGGCCUCAAACCUAAACCUUCCGUUCCCAGACCAGCCACAGAUCCCAAGAAAUCUGCCACAAACUUCGCACUGCGCAACCCUACCAGUGUGUACAACUGGUUACGCCGGCAUGCGCCCAAGACGUUCCUCCAAGACCUUGAAAAGGACAAGGACAAGGACAAGGACCGCGAGAAGCACGACGAAGAAGGCGGGGGCAACAAACGCAAGGGUGGUGCCGCCCGAGGAAACAAGAGACAGAGCGCCGCCCACCGCAAAGAGGCCGGCGAAUCCAUGGAUUGGGAAGAGGAGGUCGCGCACGACGACCAGCCAUUUGGCAGCGUCAGGGGUAAGAGGAAGAGGGAUGAUGACGGAGGCUACAGGCCGAAGGGUGGCUCAAGCCGUCCAACGAAGAAGAGAACCAGGAGGUCUGGGGCAUAA